AUGUCUUCAUUGUACUUUGUAGAAUAUCCUAAUCACCCAAUGUUUAAAAUGAGACAAUCUUGUAAUCAACUAUUGGCAAAGGAAGUACCUAUAAAAGAUGGAAUAUUCCAAAGAGGAUUUGAAGCAUUAUGCAGAAAAUGGAUUAAUAGAAAAAUAAAUAAUAAUUAUCUUGCUAAUAUCUAUGAAG